CUUUUGAGUCCGAGACCACUGAACAACAUCUUCAAUAGUCAAAGAUUCAAAAUGGCGCUCGAUAGUCGUCAGCUCCGUGAUGAAGCGGUCCGCGACCGAGUCAGGCUCGCAACCGAGUUUCUCGACCCCACAGACCAAAGAGCAAAAUCCUACCGCAGCGACAUCGUGUUGAUGCUGAAUCGAGGUCUGCGAAGACUGGUAGUCAGCAUUGAUGAGAUCAGAGCACAUUCUCGAGAACUCGCCGACGGAAUCCUCUCUCAACCAUUCGACUACUCUCUGGCCUUUGACGCCGCCCUGAAGAGCAUCAUUGCCACGAUCCCCAACCGCGCCGCAUUCGAGCAAGAUGAAGACACGCUCUACUACGUGGCUUAUUCUGGCUCUUUUGGCGAGAAUACUUGCAAUCCUCGAACCCUAGGCAGUGGCCUGUUGAACCGUAUGGUGUGUUUGGAAGGUAUCGUCACAAAGUGCAGUCUGGUCAGACCAAAGGUCGUCAAAAGUGUUCAUUGGAACGAGACAAAAGGGACAUUUCUGUUCCGUGAAUAUAAAGAUCAGACGAUGACGGCCGACGGCCCUGCUAGUCUGAGUGUUUAUCCUCAGGCGGAUGCGGAUGGUAACCCGCUGGUCACCGAGUAUGGCUACUGCACCUACCGAGAUCAUCAAACCAUUAGCAUCCAGGAAAUGCCUGAACGCGCCCCUGCCGGUCAAUUGCCGCGUGGCGUCGACGUGAUCAUGGAUGAUGAUAUGGUCGAUCGAGUCAAACCAGGCGACCGGAUCCAGCUGGUCGGUAUUUUCCGAUCGUUGGGUAAUCGCAAUGCUGGCACGGGAUCUGCCAUCUUCAAGACCAUUAUCUUGGCCAACAAUGUCGUGCUGUUGUCCUCCAAGUCUGGAGGUGGUGUCGCUCAGGCUACCAUCACUGAUCAAGAUGUUCGAAAUAUCAACAAGAUGUCCAAGAGGCGCAAUGUUUUUGAGCUGCUCGCUCAAUCUCUCGCUCCCAGUAUCUACGGGCACGAUUACAUCAAAAAGGCAAUUCUUCUCAUGCUACUAGGUGGGAUGGAGAAGAACCUGCCCAACGGAACUCAUUUGAGAGGUGACAUCAACGUCUUGAUGGUUGGUGACCCUUCGACUGCGAAAUCUCAACUUUUGAGAUUCGUCCUCAAUACUGCUCCACUGGCAAUUGCCACGACCGGUCGAGGCUCGUCUGGCGUAGGUCUCACAGCCGCUGUGACUACCGACAAGGAGACUGGAGAGCGAAGACUGGAAGCCGGUGCCAUGGUCCUGGCGGACAGGGGUGUUGUUUGCAUCGAUGAAUUCGACAAGAUGAGUGAUAUUGAUCGCGUCGCCAUCCACGAAGUCAUGGAACAGCAGACUGUGACUAUUGCCAAAGCCGGUAUUCACACAUCUCUGAACGCACGAUGCAGUGUCAUUGCGGCUGCCAACCCGAUAUUCGGCCAAUACGACAGUAACAAAGAUCCCCACAAGAAUAUUGCACUCCCAGACUCUCUGUUGUCUCGGUUUGAUUUGCUGUUUGUGGUGACCGACGACAUCGACGACACUCGCGAUCGACAGAUCUCAGAGCAUGUUCUCCGAAUGCAUCAAUACCGUCAACCAGGGACGGAAGAAGGAGCUCCAGUACGAGAACAAGCUACUCAGAUCUUGGGGAUUGGUGUCCAGGAGGCGCAAACAGCCAACCAAACCUCAGAGGUGUUUGAGAAAUUCAGCGGCGUCUUGCAUUCUGGCAUGACAGUCAAGACUGGCCGCGGUAGCAAGCGGGGAAUCAAUCCCGUGAGCAUCGCGUUCAUCAAGAAGUACCUCCAAUAUGCCAAAACACGAUGCAAGCCUAUCUUGACCAAAGAAGCCAGCGAUUACGUGGUGAAUGCGUAUGCAGACUUUAGAAACAACGAUUUGGACGCCAACAAGAGGAGAACAAGUCCCAUGACGGCCAGAACUCUCGAGACACUGAUCCGUCUUUCUACUGCACACGCAAAGUCGAGAUUAUCGAGCCGAGUGGAGGAGAGCGACGCCAUUGCUGCUGAGGAGAUCCUGAAAUUUGCCCUUUUCCGAGAAGUUGCCGUCAAAGAAGACGGCCGCCGGAAGAGACGCAAGACCCAAGACGUCGACAUGAACAGCUCCGAUGACAGCAAUGAUUCUGGCAGUGACAGCGAUGAUGGUAGCGAUAGUGACGACACUCCAUAUCGUGGCAACCGGCCCGCGGCUUCAAGGUCGGCUCAACCACAGACUCGCAGCCAGCGGUCGACCAGAACCAAUGGCACAACGAAUCGCCGGACCCAGGAAGGAGAUGACGAUGACGAGGAAGAACCUACAGAUGAGACCCAGACCACUACCCCAUCACGACGGACACGUCAAACUGGAACCGAGUCACAAAUGUCUCGCAUGUCCCUUGCGAGCUCCAUGCCUAGCUCUCAACUCCCCUCGACUCAAGCAGACUCGCAGUCACAAUCUCGGAGGUCUCGAACUCAGACCCAAGUUCCAGACGAGUCGUCUUCAGAGUCAGAGGCUGAAGCUGAGACAACUGCGCCUGCGGCUUCGGCAGCAGAAGCCACUAUCAGCGAACCGCGUCUGCGAGAUUUCCGCAAGGCCCUGGGAGCUCUGACUCGGACAAGCUUGUUCCAGAACGACAUGGCCAGUGUAGACGACCUCACGGUAGCUGUGAACCAUCGUAUGGAUGAGAGUGGAAGUGAGGAGUUUGAGGAAGGGGAAAUCCUGGCUGCGCUCAGAGCCAUGAGCGAGGCGAAUCAGAUCAUGUUUGUGGAGGACAGUGGAGAGGUGUAUACGUUGUAAAGAUUGGAUGGGACUUUGUCUAGAUGCAGGCGACGAUGACGAUGACGAUGCUGCUUACAGGGGUUAAAAUUGAUAUUGUAUUGUAUCGGCGUCCAUAGCUGGUUGAGUGAGGUGGGUAAGGUAUCUGGAAGUGACAGGACAUGAUUUUUCUUUGAUCCAGUUCAAACUCG